AUGGAUUUAUAAAAACAAAACUACUCGCAUUGUGUGGGCUGUGGAGGACAGAUUUUGGAUCAAUACAUUCUUCAAGUAGCCCCUGAUCUCGAAUGGCAUGCAGCAUGUCUAAAAUGUCAAGAGUGUCGACAGUUCUUAGAUGAAAGUUGUACAUGCUUCGUUCGUGAUGGCAAAACUUACUGCAAACGCGAUUAUGUUCGAUUGUUUGGUACAAAAUGUGAUAAAUGUGGAUGUUCUUUCAGCAAAAAUGAUUUUGUAAUGCGAGCGAAAUCCAAAAUUUAUCAUAUUGAAUGCUUUCGUUGUUCAGCUUGUGCUCGACAGUUGAUUCCGGGAGACGAAUUUGCAUUACGAGAUGGCGAUGCGCUUUAUUGUAAGGAAGAUCACGAUGUUCUUGAGAAGUCAUCCCAAACAAAUCUCAAUUUAUCAGAGCAUAACAACAACAAUGCUUUGCUUAAUAAUAAUAACACAACAACCAACAGCCACUCGGGAAGUCUUAGUAAUAACAACCACUCAAGUGAAAUGGGAUCAAUAUCAGACUCUGAAAGUGAAAGCGGAUCCCACAAAAGCAUACGAGGUAAACAAUCGGGCCCAUCUGAUGGCAAGCCUACUCGUGUGAGAACAGUACUAAACGAGAAGCAACUUCACACUUUAAGAACUUGUUACAAUGCUAAUCCACGUCCAGAUGCUUUGAUGAAGGAACAACUUGUCGAGAUGACGGGCUUAUCACCAAGAGUCAUUCGAGUUUGGUUCCAAAACAAGCGAUGUAAGGAUAAGAAAAAAACGAUUCAGUUGAAACUGCAAAUGCAGCAAGAAAAGGAGGGUAGAAAAAUAGGCUACGGUGGAAUGCAAGGCGUUCCAAUGAUUGCCACAUCUCCAGUUCGUCAUGAUUCUCCUCUUAAUCUUCAUGGUUUAGAAGUUACAACUUACCAACCUCCAUGGAAAGCAUUAUCAGAUUUCGCACUUCAUGCUGAUCUUGAAAACAAUGGAUCCGUCAAUCACACACCUGCGUUUCAGCAUCUCGUAAAUCAGAUGCAUGGCUAUGAUAUAGGAAUGAAUAUGAAUCCACAUGGUCAUCAGCCACCUUCGAUAGCUCAACAUCCUGUUGAUCCAAAUUCUCAUCAUCAUCCUGACAGCACAGAUUCCUACGUGACAUAUCUGGAAAGUGACGAAAGUAUGCAAGGAUCUCCUUAACAGAAAUACAUUGAAUGAUAAAAAUCGAAAUAAAUCCCAAACGAUAGUUGGAAAGAAACUUUAGAAAUGAUUCUUUAAUUAUUUGAUUUCAACAGUGUUAUUUAUUAGUUUCGUUUGUCAAACAUGUCUGUGAAAACUUAAAACUAAGAAUUCUUCUAUUUGAAAAAAAAAUAUCAAAUUGUUGCAAAAACUAUUUUCAAAAUAAAAAACUUUCACUAUGCUCAAUAACAUUUAGUUGUAUUUUAAUUAAUAAUAAUUUUGAUCUAUAAAAGUGAAGUAAAUAAAUUUUGAAUGUCUCGAGAAACCUUUCAUGAUCCUUGUGCAUAAAUAUACAUAAAACAUUUACGCUUCUUUACGAACUUCCAGAAAAUUGAAACGACGCUGUAAAAGAUGAGUGAUGACGGAUGAAAGACAAAGGUCGCCGUCCUUUGAAAGCCCACUGAUGCGUCAAAUGUUCCGAUU